AUGGCAGCUUCAACUGGAAAAGAAAUUAAGCCAAGAAAUCCCAUGAAAAGAAAAGCGAACAGAGACUUCUUCAUACACACUGAAAGAGAGAGAGGCUUCAGAGAUCUCAGUUUGUUAUUGGAAAUGGUUACUUUCAGGUUCCACCAGUACCAAGUUGUGGAGCAUGCUUUGCCCACUGAAUCCGAUGAGCACCCUAAGAUUUACCGCAUGAAGCUCUGGGCCACGAACGAGGUUCGCACCAAGUCCAAGUCUUGGUAUUUUCUAAGGAAGCUAAAGAAGGUCAAGAAGAGCAAUGGGCAAGUGCUUGCUAUUAAUGAGAUCUUUGAGAAGAACCUAACCAAGAAAAGUGAACAGCAACAAGACUCUAGCCAUUUUCCUAGUAAAAAAAAGCUUCUAGUGUAG